AUGUCACUGCUCCUCGAUUCCGAGAACCGGUACAUACCGACUCUCCUCGCCCUGUAUCAGGCUGCACACGCACCUGGGGCGCAGGAUGCCGAAGCCCUCUCAUUCUGGCAGCAUCUCUUUUCAAAGCAUGUCUUCAAGGAAGAGUAUUUCAUCUGCGACGCCGAAAUGAGACCAGCCCCAGGGGAUCGUCGGCGCAUCGAUCGCAGUGUCCGCUACUUGUCCACUGGAAACGAGAUCAUCGUGCUUUGCUGGCACGAAGCAAAGGGCGGCUCGACUCCUAGUGCAAUCAUGGAAUGCGAAAGCCAGGCUUUGGACGCGUGCAAGAGAGCUAUCAUUAGCCACCCAUGGCAGCCCAUGAUUUACGCAUUCACGACAACAAAGACGUCAGGGAAGGCCUAG